GGUUCGGGCGUUGAAGAUUCUGUGGCCGCGAAUCCUGACAUAUACUUUAAGCCAAUCAUUCCUUUGCCUGAAUUGAUUGAAGUGCAGACCGGAGAGGAAGAUGAAGAGCCCAUAUACUGUCAAAGGGCUAAACUCUAUCGCUUUGACCCUAAUCUCAAAGAGUGGAAAGAGCGAGGAAUCGGAGACUUUAAAAUUUUGAAACACAAGUCUAAAAUUCGGUAUCGAAUGAUUUUACGAAGAGAACAGAUCUUAAAGAUUGCAUGUAAUCAUUAUAUAACACCAGAAAUAACAUUGAAUCCAAUGAAUACAAGUGAAACCAGUGUUUGUUGGAAUGCCGUCGACUUUACCGAUGGAAGUCCUGUUAGCGAACAGUUUGCGCUCAAACUUAAAAACAAAGAUUUACUCAAAGAUUUCGUUAAAUUGUUUGAAGAAUGUAAGAGUAGUUUAGAAAGCAGUGAAGUCUAUAACUCAGACAAUGAGGAGAAGAGUGGCGGCGAUGAGGACACCGACGCCGAAGAAGAUCAACAAAAUUAAUUUUAUAUUACAGUUAUAGGCC